AUUUUUGUAUUAAUUAAUUUAUUAAUUCUUCAGCAGAAAUAUAAAUUCCAACAUUUUUCGAUAAAUCAAAAAAUGGCAGCCAUGUUGUUCACAACUGCACGAUAUACGCGGCUUGCAAUCAUUUUUUAUGCAUAACAGAAAUUAAAUUAUAUUAACAAUAAGACAUUCUGCAAUUACAAUAUCAAUUUAACGUUCAAUUAAAUUUUGCAAUUCUGUUUUGUAAAGUUCAACUUUUACACACAUUUAAAUUUUUACUUUUUAUUUGCAUUUCAAUUUUAAAUAUCAGCUGAUGUCGCAGUUAUUUCUGGCGCAAUGCCGCUCUCUUCUUCUCGACCAACUGUCACUUUUCUGCUCACGCUUUCUACUGCUUUGCAAUGUUUUUCCCACAUUGUUGUUGUUAUUGCAAUUCCGUGUAAAUUCGCCAAUGCGAAAUUGGUUUAGAACGCGUCGGUGUCGGAAGGUGGUUCCACUUAGAAAUUCUUGUGCCAAAGUUAUUAAAAAUAAUUAAUUAUAUUAAAAAUUAAUAAAACUACAAUAAAUUAAAAUAACUUAUGUGUAAUUAAAGUGUGAUAGAUCCAAAAUAUGCUGCAAGCUUCGACAGCUGCAAAAAGCCGGUUUCAUUUGUGCGUUUUAUAUAAAUUUAUUGCUGAUAAAUAAACUUUUAUUUUUUUAUAAUGUUUCUUGUAUAAUUUGUUACGCAUAGUUCUUGCUUUUUUUUUUUGCAUUGAUAUUGUUUUUAUAAUACUAUUAAAGUUUGUUUACAAAUCAAUAGAAAGCAUAUUCAACGAAAGUGCAAAACGUAAAACAAAACAAAAUGUCAAAAUCUGUUCAAAGCGACCCCUAUGUGUCAAUAAAUGUAUUUGAUGAAAAACAUGAGUUGUUCAACAGACUGCAGACAAUACAAGAAUUUUAUUGCAGUGAAUUUGGUUCGAAACCCAACUUUUUUGUUCGUGUGCCGGGACGUGUUAAUAUCAUAGGCGAGCAUGUGGACUAUUGUGGCUAUCCAGUACUACCAAUGGCUAUAGAUCAGUGCAUUUUAUUGGCUGUUGGAUAUACAGAGGAAAAUAGUUUUUUACAGUUGAGAAAUUUACAAAGUUCCAAAUUUCCAAACUACAAAUGUGAUUUGCAAUCCAUUAAAAUCGAACUACCUGAAGCGGGUGGUCCAGAAUGGUUUAAAUAUUAUUUGUGUGGCAUCAAAGGCAUAUAUGAAAAUAACAACGAAACACUUAAACCCAUUGGUAUGAAAAUUGCUUUAAGUGGUAAUAUACCACCAGCUUCGGGCUUAUCAAGUUCAAGUGCUCUAGUCAGUGCAGCAGCCUUGGCUACCGCUCAUGUGCAUCGUUUACCAUUAGAACGGAAAAUACUAGCUUCCAUAUCAGCCCAAUGUGAACGUUAUAUAGGUACACAAGGUGGUGGUAUGGAUCAAGCAAUUGCUUAUUUAGCUCAAGCAGGUUGUGCACAAUUUAUCGAAUUUCAUCCCGAACUAAAUGCAACACCUAUUUGCCUACCAGAGGGUGCAUGUUUUGUGGUGGCGAAUAGUUUGGCAGAAAUCAAUAAAGCUGCUUCAUCCGAUUUCAAUGAGCGAGUUGUGGAGUGCCGACUUAGUACGCGUCUAAUUGCCAAGAAUAUGAACUUCAGUAAUUGGAGCGACUUAAUACGAUUCGCACAGUUGCAAGAAAUGUUAAGUUGUACACUCACUGAAUUGGAAGCAAUUGCUAACAAGUAUUUACCAAAAAAUAUUUAUACACGUGAAGAAAUUUGUGAGGCAUUAGAUAUCUCUAUUGAUGAAUUUGUAAACAAGUUCCUAACGCCCAAUACGCGGCAUAUGCUGAAGUUUAAAUUGAGACAACGUGCACUACAUGUAAUACAAGAAUCACUGCGAGUUGCCAGGUUCCGCGCUAUUUGCGAGCAGACAAAUGAGGCUAAUGGUACAGAGCAUCUUAACAAUGGCAACUUGACUAACGUUUGUGUCACAAAUGAUGGUGCGUGCAUGCAGCACCUAAAGAAACUAGCAAUCUUAUCAGAAUUGAUGCGUAAGUCGCAUCAUAGUUUACAAGACUUGUAUGAAUGCUCACAUCCCGAUUUAGAUCAAUUGGUGGCCAUAUCCGAUGCAGCGAAUGUUGGUGCACGACUUACUGGCGCAGGUUGGGGUGGUUGUAUUGUUGCGUUAUGUGAUUCUGUGGAGGCAUGCGAGAAAUAUAUGCGUGAAUUAAAGAACAAAUACUAUCUGCAGUUGCCAUCCCACAUUUUAGAGAUGCAUCAGCACAAUGAUUUUAAUGAUGUCGUCUUCGCCACGUUUCCGCGUAGUGGUGCUGAAAUACUGCAUAUUUCGGAUGAAAUAAAUAAAUAGUAUUAUGAAUCGAUUUCUAUAAGCAGACAGGUGCAGUAUUUUAAUAGCAAAUUCCUUUUAUCCCUAGUUAAUGUGUAAUAAUGUACAAUAAAUUUAAUGUUUAAGAAAUUUUAAGUAACUGAAAUACAAAUUUACAAA